UACGUUGUCCCUUUGUCUGAUCAAUGCAAGAAGGAAGCAAAACCAUGGCUAAUCAUGUAAUCUUUUCACUCCUUUUGGCCUUUGUUAUCCCUUUCUCUGCAGCUACUUCUGAAUAUCCUGGUGUUGCAGUGUCAAUUUCACUACCACCAACACAAUUUUCAGGGGCAUUACCACCGCAGAUAGCCUUCCCGCCAGCUCUGCGCUCCCUUCCACCACUGCCAUAUCAUACUGUGCCACCGCCAAUCUCAACGCCUCCAUCACAGUUGGCAGCACCACCACAGAUCUCGAUUGCCUUUCCGCCUUCUCUUCCUGUGCCGGUGCCAAUCUCAAUGCCUCCAUCACAAUUGGGAGCACCACCCCAGAUGCCGAUUGCCUUUCCACCAUCUCUGCCGCCUCUACCACCAUCUGGUGCAUCUCCUCGUGGCAUAAAAGGGGCAUACUGGCCUUCAUGGCAGGCAGAAAGUCUCCCACCAUCGACCAUUCCAACUUCAUAUUUCACACACCUGUUUUAUGCCUUUCUCCUGGUUGAUGCCACCAGUUUUCAGCUUUUGAUCACAGAAGCUGAUCAGCAAUGGAUGGCGAACUUCCCCUCCCCCAUCCACUCAGCCAGCCCUCCUGCUAAGGCCAUUCUGUCCAUCGGUGGAGCAGGGGAAGGCCCUGGAGUUUUCUCCAACAUGGUGAGCAAUUCAGAUAACCGGGCUGCUUUCAUCCAGUCAUCCAUCGACACCGCACGAAAAUACGGUUUCGACGGCCUCGAUAUAGAUUGGGAGUUCCCCAGCAAUCCACAAGACAUGUUGAACCUUGCACUGUUUUACAAAGAAUGGCGUUCUGCCGUCAACCAUGAGUCCCUCGCUUCAGGCAAGCCCCGGCUGCUCUUGUCGUCCGCUGUUUAUUUCGCUGCUGACUUCUUCAUGCCGGGGGACGUCCCACGGACUUAUCCAGGCGAUGCUAUUAGGAAUUAUGUGGACUUUGUGAGUCCAAUGUGCUAUGACUAUCAUGGUGGUUGGGACCCUUCUGCCACCGCGGCUCAUGCACUGCUCUAUGAUAAGACCAGUAACGUGAGCACUAGCCACGGUAUUUCGACUUGGAACGGAGACGGCGUUCCGUCCAAGAAAAUAGUGAUGGGAAUGCCAGUUUACGGGAGGACUUGGCAGUUGAAGGAUCCUAACCAGCAUGGCAUCGGCGCUCCUGCUAACGGAACUGGCCCUGGUGGAGGGAUCAUGAUUUAUUCAGCUAUACUUGGAUUCAAUACAGAAAACAACGCAACUGUGGUUUUCGACAGCGCAACGGUGUCAACAUACUCGUAUGCAGGAAUGAAUUGGAUUGGAUAUGACGACAUUACGUCGAUUGGGUACAAGAUCAAAUUUGCUAAGGCUCGGGGACUUGGGGGCUAUUUCUUUUGGGCGCUUGGUUUUGACAGCAACUGGGAUCUUGCAAGAGCAGCUUCUGAAGCAUGGGACAGUGUGAAUUGAUGAU